UCAAAAAGUAAAAAUCGAUAUCAUUUUCAAUCGUGCAUUUUUCUUUAUGAGGAUAUAUCUGCCUAGAAUUAAUACAAAAAUUUUAUAAAUUCCGCAAUUAUUACAAAACUUACAAGCAGAACUGUGGUGUAAAAAUAAAAAGGACACUAAUCUAAAUAACAAGAAAAAGAAAUCUUUAAAAUAGUUAAUAAAAAACUUACGCACUAGUAUAUUGUGUUUGUGUGUUGAAAAGUGUUAGAAUGAACAUGGACAGACGUUCACGUAGCACAUCACCAGGCAAUCGCCGACAUCGUACUGGUGGUAAUAUGGCUGGUGGAGGAGGAGGCUCACGACGAGAUUACCGUCGUUACAGUCGCUCCCGUUCACGUUCAAGGUCACGCGAACGCAGUCGCGAUCAAAAUUUCCGACGUCGUAAUUCACGUUCGAGAUCACGAGAACGUAUGGCACCACACCGACGUGGUGGUAGUGGCGAAAAGGAUUUAUAUCGUGACCUGAUUUAUGAUGAUUAUCAAGAGGAUAAAAGUUACAAUGCUCGUGGGCAUCGCGGUCGUGGUGAUGAUGACUAUAAUGAUGAACGUGACAGAUUUUGGAACGAACGCGGCAGAGACAAAGGACGUGAUUAUGAGCGCGAUAGAGAACGCGAACGCGAUUAUGACAGGGAACGCGAUAGAAGUUACAGGGAUAAUCGUCACAAUCGUUAUGGGCGUCGUUACGACAAUGAACGUGAGAGUGAUGACAGCGAUGAUAGUUUUCACAGUCACUUCUACAAUAAAACGCCAUCAAACACCAUAAUUGUUUUGGGUUUACAAUCGCAUAUUACCGAAGCGGACCUAAUGAGCAUAUUGAUACAACAAGGCAUGACCGCUUCAAUACGACUGAUACGCAAACGACCAACAGGUGCAUCACGAGGUUUCGCUUUCGUCGAGUUUAGUACCAUUGAUGAAGCUGCACGUUGGAUGGAGCUAACCCAGGGCUCAAUACAAUUGCCGGAUCAAUCGUGCGCCAAUCUACAAUACAGUGUGUCACCUAAACAGAAAGCGAAUGCUACAGACUGGCAUUGUGGCAAGUGUGGCGUUUUGAAUUUCAAACGACGUUUUGUCUGCUUUAAGUGCUAUGCAUCGCGUGAGGAUAGCGAAAAAAUCGGCGAGGGUAGCGAAGAAGUUAGCAACAUCUUAACGAAAAAGAUCAUGUUACGCAAUUUGGAUACGUUAACUACCGAGGAGGCCGUACUCACUGCCAUGCAACAGCAUGUGCCUGAUUUGGCUAGUAAAAUUACGAAAAUACUCGUUAGCCGCGACACAUUAACGCAGACGUCACGUGGAAUUUGCUAUUUGAAUUUCGAUAGUCUCAUUGAUUCGAUGAAUUUGUAUACGGCGUUAAAAGCGCUCGAACCGCCGCUAACCAUAGAUAAUCGGCAAUUGCUCGUCAGCUAUUGCAUAGAUCAUGAGAAUCGUCAAAUCGUACCGAAGAAGGGCGACACAGCUGCUGGUGCUGCCGCAUCCAGUGCUAUCGGUCCGAUGACGGCUGCUGAAAUGAUGGCCGCUUCUGGUUCUUUGGCCAGCAGCGCCAGCGAAUACACCUUGGCAGAUGUGCCACGCUUGGCCGAAUACAGUGCCGCCUUGUAUGCAUCGACACCGGCCGAGCAUGCGCAUUAUUUACAGUACUACACAGAGUACUAUAUAAGUGAGAUAAAUAAAGGACAUUAUGGCAAUCUGCCAAGCUCGGCGCAAUUAACAGAGACUUCAGCAAAUUCUGCAGCUGCGGUUGCGCUAUCGGCCAUACAGCGUAAACAAAAGAAAAUGAGCAGUAUUGAGACGACAGCGACACAAGCUGCUGCCGCAGCUGCGGCUGCCGCGGCGGCGGUGAAGGCUAGUUUAGCGCUGAAGAGUGUCGUCACGCCGAAGGGUAACGAUGGCAAGACAUAUCCCACACCCGAUGUCUCACUGUAUCAGUAUGAUGAAACUUCCGGCUAUUACUAUGAUCCGACCACGGGUCUGUAUUAUGAUGCACAUUCCCAAUAUUAUUACAAUAGUGAGACGGGCGCUUAUCUCUAUUGGGAUCAACGUAAAAGCACCUAUGUACUGGCCACACCGGCGGCGGCAGCAGCCACUGUGCAGGAUGUGGUGAAGGGAGAAACGGGUGAAGAUGCCAAAGUGAGUGCCACAAAUGUUGGCGCUAACGCCACAGCCCCAACCGAAGAUGAGAAGAAAGACAAAAAGGAACCUAAACAUGAUAAAGUGAAAGUGGCAAAGAAAAUCGUUAAAGAUAUGGAGAAAUGGGCCAAACAGUUGAAUCAGAAGAAGGAUUAUACAGUCGUUGCGACGCCGCAACCUAUACUGCCUUCGAAGGCAGAUGAUGCACCGGUUCGUGCUGCUGCGGGUGUAGUCGCUGGCAGUUCAAGUGGACCGCAAUCUAGCGGUUAUGCUGAUGUCGGUUUCUCUAUACUGGAGAAGAAGGAACGUGCCAAAUUAACAGAUUAUAUGCCAACCACGACGGCUAACAGUAAUAAACUCACGGCAUACGCCUCCGAUUCCGAUGAGGAACAUGGCGGUCAAGCGGCGUCCACGAGUGGCGGUGGUGUUGGCUCUGAAGCCAGUGAAAAAGACUAUGUUGACUUCCAAAAGCUCACAUGCCUGCUGUGUAAACGCGCUUUUCAAUCGUUGGAUAUAUUGCAGAAGCAUUUGAAAAUGUCCAAUUUACACAAGGAAAAUCUACAGAAAUUUAAUAUGGCGCGUGCCUCAAAUUCAGCUGGAGAAUCUAUGGCCAAUGCGGCCUUAUCCAAUUAUCGCGAUCGCGCUAAAGAACGACGCCAGAAAUAUGGUGAAAGUGAUCCACCGGUGGCCAAUCGUAGUCGCGAACGUUUCGAAAUGGAAAUCAAAUCGAUGGCAGCUCGUCAACCGGAAGCGCCGCCCAUGCCGAUAGGUUCGAACAAUGUUGGCAAUCGUUUGUUACAGAAAAUGGGUUGGUCCGAAGGUCAGGGUCUCGGACGUAAAAAUCAAGGACGCACAAGCAUUAUAGAGGCGGAGGCACGUUCAUCGAACGUUGGCUUGGGCAACAAGUCUAGUAUGGCGCCACGUGUAGACUAUAAAACAUAUAUUAAGAAAAUGAUGAAGACACGCUAUGAAUCAGUUUGAUUGCAUUACAACUUAAUUAAGCAUUUAUAUAGUUUGCAAAUUGUAUAGUUUGCAUGAAUUUUAAUGAUAUUUUUCUAAAGAAUUGAAGUGUAGUCGCGAAUCUUUGUUGGUCGAGUGGUCAAUUUUCUAUAAGAUGGAUCCUUAUUGAAAAUAAAAAAAAUGUAAUAAUUUCACUACAUUGUUGAAUAUUUCUACACAUAUGAGUUAAUAAAUCAAUGUAUGUACGUAUAUUGUAAAACA